AUGAGCGAAACGACUGUCGCGGACGCCCCGGACGCCUUCGUGGAAGAGAUCCGCCGCGUACGGGCUAUUUACGAGAGGAAGAGAAACUCUACUACGCUAGUGUCACCGGCCGGGCGCCCCGUUCUCGAUCUAGAGAUUGACACCGCCAACGGCGGGACCCGCUACACCUACUGGUACAAGCGCGACGGCGAUGUAGCCGAGCCUCAGAUCAUCCGAAUUGUUGACAUUCCUGGGACACUGUCGGGCGCCAUCCUCCGGCUCGAGGCCAACUUGCCUUCACGCCAAGACAGCUACGAGAUCAUUGGCAACGAGGUCCGCCCACUGGAGUCGCCGCCCCCCCUACCCGACUUCGAGGACGACUCCGAGGACAUCAGCGACGUGCUGGCCAGCCUUCCCGAGAUCGCCGUUGACCCCGAGCAGCAUUUUGUCAAGAAGGGCAAGUAUGCCAGCGAGGUUCGCAACCUCAUCUCCUGCCAGGGUGGGUCGUGUCCCGGCACGCGCAAGUCGCCUCACAUCAUCCAGCUGCUCGGCAAGUCCCCCCGCGGCGAGCUUGUCUUUGAAAAACUGGUCCCUCGCUACGUGCUCGCACAGGUUCAUCCGCUCGCCGCUUACAAGACGUGGAUCCUCCAGCUCGUCGCCGGGCUGCAGUACCUCCACUCGCUCGACAUCGUGCACCGCGACCUACGCAUCGACAACUUCGUCUUCUCCAAGGAUGGCGCGCGGCUGGUUAUCUGCGACCUGGAGAGCCGCUGGGGGAACCGCCUGGCUCCCGAAGUAAAGCGUGACUACGCAGUCGAAGGAGAGUGGACCAAAGCAUCGGACAUUUACGAUCUGGGUGUAGCCAUCAAGGGCAUGGUCUACGGCAACACGCCUAUCACGACCCUGGUCGAAUGGCCGGUGCCCUCUCCCCUAGACCAAAUUGUGGAGGCAUGCACCCGGUCCUUGCCCGCAGAGCGGCCCAGUCUGGACGAGGUCUACGCUAUGGUGGAGGGUAUUUGA